GCCCUCUGCAGUCGACUUCACAUGGUUUUUCGGUUGGAAAUCAUCGCAGUUUGCAGUUCCACUGUUCCACUCAUUCCAGUUUCUAUGUUUCUAUCAAAGCGUCUCGUUUCUGCACAUGGCGGACACUGUUGUUGCCCUUGACGCUCCACAUCAACAUUACCAAAAUAAGGGGUUACGUAUUGCAAAACCUCCCUGUUUCGGUUAGAAACCCCUUGCUGUAGCUAGCUGCAAAGUUUCAGCCACAUUUGAAGAACAGAGUUUUUCUGUCGUUGAUCUCCUGGAUUUGCUUAAGCUGCCAUGUCGACAACCGCCUACGGCCUUCCUCGUCAAAAGCCAUCGACAAACCGCCCUGUUGGGGGGCGUUCUGUGGCAGGGAAGCGUCGGCAUUCACCUCGACUCAACAAACGAUCUAGCAGCAGGCGCAAGAUUUCAGAAGUUUCAGAAGAAAGGGAUACUUCUUUCGAUGAGCCGCGUCGUCGCAGCAGUCGGGGGUCUUCUUCACUGUGGCAACUAGCCCGCUACAUCCAGCAAGGCAAACAAGUAGUGUUUGUCACUGGAGCAGGAUUGAGCGUAGCAAGUGGAGUGCCAGUGUUUCGGACUACCAACAAUAGUUCCCGCCUCUACUCCAACGAUUCCGCAUGGAAGAACAACAGCAGCAACAGUAACGGCAGCGCUGGCUCAUACAAGAAUAGAAACUCCAAGGGCAAAAACGGGCUUGUAGAAGAACAACCCUUGGGCAUCUGGGACUCUGUGCUCUGGACACGGGCCACCCGCAAAGAUUUCCGAAAGGACCCCUUGGAAUGGUAUAACGAUUUCUGGCUUCGCUAUUUCCCUGUCGACGACUACGAAGGCAAGUAUGAUCCAAAUGAAGGACACUUCUCUUUGGCAGCUUUGCAACAGGCCUUCCCGGACAGCGUGAAGAUUAUUACACAAAAUGUGGAUGGACUCCAACAAGUGGCCAUUGAUCAAGAGGAAGAGAACGAAGAGUUUGCUGCGAGGCUCAAGUCUAAUAUCAUCGAAGCGCACGGGCGGCUGGGAUUGUACAAGUGCCUCCCGGCGGAGGACAGCGAUACGGAUUCCUCCAGCGACGAAGACGACGAUCGCUUUGUCCAUUUGGGAAUGAGGAAGAAGUACCGUGCAUGCAAACGAAAGCAUCAGGCAGAACAAUCAAGGAUUCCACAAAAAGGAGCACCUGUGGCGGCUGUUUCGACGGAUGUCAGCAGCAGCAGCAGUGGAAGCAGCACCAACGGAAACGUGGACGCCCCGUCUUGCCAGUAUCAAAUGCUGGAAUCCUUGACUGUCAAGCAACUGUCUCCUUCUAGUGUCUGGGGAGUUUUGAAUCCUACAAAAUGUACUGGUAGCUCGGCACCCCGACGAGGCAGAGGGCGCAACGCGGAUGAAGACGACCGGGCUCCUCGCUUGUUGACAAAGGUACCUCGUUGUCCUUCCUGUGGCAAUCAAGUACUUCCUCAGUCGCUCCUGUUUGAUGAAGGAUAUCACAGCCACGAGCAUUACGACUUUAUUAGGAUGGAAGACUGGCUUGCUGCUGCCGAGGUUCUGGUGUUUGUGGGCACCAGUUUUGCAGUGACUCUUCCGCUUGUGGCCCUCGAUCAUGCAAAGGAGGUGGGCCUCCCAGUUUUCAAUUUCAAUGUUUCGGAUAUGCUUGAACCCAACGCCCGGCUGAACGCUGAGAACAUUACAGGACCGGCUCAGGAUAUGUUGCCCAAGCUUCUUGAAGCUAUUGCGCAUUUGGCAGAGGGGGGUUUGACGCCUUUUGAGUACUAGACUUUUAUAUGAGAAGGAUGCAUAUGCAUGUGAUUUUAUGAGUUGAAGAGUCUCUUAUUGGUUUGCCAAUACGGUAGCAUCGAGAUUCAGCCGUUGGUUGGGAAGAGGAAAGUUACUGGUGGACGGUCGUUGAAUUCGAAUCGAUUCGAUUCCACUUUCAUUAGAUACAUCAAACAAGAAUGCAUCAAACGUACAGUAUGUAACCCUAGUUACAAGUACAAGUAUCUGGUACCGGUA